AUGUCUCUUGCUGUAGGUGUUACCUCUUCGUUAGCUCUGUUAGCAACGUUUACUGCACUGUUAUCUGUUGGAGUUAUUGUUACUGAUAUCAAUGAACUUCAGAAUGGCAUAACUGUUGGAAUGGAAGAGUUUAAGGCUGUAACUGAGGAGACCUGGCUCAAUAUCAUGGAUGCUCGUUCUAAUCCUCUUUCUGAACCGACAAAAAUUGUGAAAUCGUUCCAUGUAUUGGUUGGCAGAAACAAAAGAAGCAGCGAUCAGUGCAACUGUGAAGCAAGAGCUCGGGGUUGUCCUGCAGGCCCACCAGGACCGGCAGGAGCCCCAGGCAGAGAUGGAAUUUCGGGACCGGACGGAGAGAAUGGAGCUCCUGGAUUAUCAGGGAAUGCUGUCUUUGUUGAUCAUGAGUUUAGUGGAGCUUGUAUUAAAUGCCCAGCUGGCCCACCAGGACCACGUGGACAACCAGGACCACCUGGACCAGAAGGGGGUGUUGGACAUGCAGGAAACCGUGGACCAUCAGGAAAUCUUGGAGCUCGUGGAGAACAAGGAGAACAGGGAGAUCAAGGACCAGCUGGUUCAUCUGGGCACGAGGGAGCCCGUGGUUCUCCUGGUGAACCGGGAGUACAAUACAGAGAUGGUCCUGUUGGAAGACAAGGACCGCAGGGAGAUCGAGGAACCGUUGGAGAGCCUGGGAAAGAUGGGGAAGAUGGCCAUGAUGGAGAACAAGGACGUCCUGGUUAUCCUGGGCUUCCCGGACAAUCAGGAAAGCGAGGAGAGAAUGGACAAAAUGGAUCGAAGGGACCAGAAGGAAAACCUGGACCAGAUGCUGGUUAUUGUUCAUGUCCUGAAAGAGCAUAA